UUCACUUUGUUGAAGUAGUAGCAACUAAAAAGCAUAAAUUAGGACACUUGAACUUACGGUGGGUGUGGAAACUUUUUGCUUGACUAAUUUUUAGUGGUCCUCGCUACUGAAUAGAAUAAGUAGUACGAUGGAAAAUUGAUAGAUACUACACGCAUCUUCCAGCCAAAUAGUAGAACAUGGGACUGUUAACGUAUUUGUUUUCUGCCGGUCCUGUGCCCGACGACCCGGAAGGGUUUCACGGCGCCUUGAACUACGCCAAUCCGACGUCAUUUUACUUCCAGGAUCGUGCUGGUCUGCCACGGUGGAGUAGAACUUCUUCUAUCGGGCGGGACCACCAGAGGACGAAUUUCGAAGUAGUAGACCCUGACGAAAGUAAAAUGAAUCAUCAGGGUUUUUUUUCUAAUCUGUUGUCCAGAAUUUUCGACGCAAAACCAGUUCGAGAUUGGGCUUCUUCUUGUUCCUCUGUUCAUCCACAAGAACUACAACAAGUGAAGCAACGCAAUGCGAUCACGACCUCCUUCGCCCACACGGACUCCGCCCCGGCGGAACCGGCCUCCUACAUCGACCGGACCGGGUUUUUACCAACCCGCCCGAUUAGCUGCAGCAGCACCGGGCACGACUUGCAAUUCGACCGGAACAUGGCCCGCGUGGUGUGCCCGGCGCACUGCCAGAAGGACCAGGCGGCGCGGGUGAUCGGGCUCUCCGUCCACCCAAACGAGUCCGCGGUCUGCUCGUCCGCGAUCGCCGAUGGCGUCAUGCCGGUGCAAGGCGGCGCGCUCGUUGUUACCAAAGGCCCCCCGCAGAUGAGUUACGAGGGGAGCAGUCUCGCGGGCAACUACGUCGGGGUGGAAGCCGGAGCGAACAUUGUGUCGGACAGCUACAAAACGUACGCCGUCGACACCAUCGACCAGAUUUCCUCCAACGUCCGCAUCGUGGGGGAAGACGGGUACCUCUCCGCCAUGGGGCGCCCGGAACUGCGGACGGACAAGGGCUGGGGCAGCAUCUUACGAAUUGCAAAUAUGUCUGGGUCUGGAAGGAUGUAACUUGUGAUGCUGCGUCUGAAUUCUACAAAAAUCUGUAUUGCAUGACCAGGAACCGAGGUCCAGUUUUUGUCAGGGCGAGAGGGCAUUUCUCAUGCGAUAUAGGCAUCAGGAUCAGGAAGCCCUCACAAAAUCUGGGAUGCUAGUGCAUGCAUCACAGACAUCAGGAGUCAUGCAAAAUGUGCAUGACACCAGACCCAGACAUAUUUGCAUUUGAUACAUCUGCGGUUUGAACCACCACACGGCGCAGCACAUCUGCCGGGAACUGGGGUACCGGAAGGGCUAUCAAAUGUAAAAAUGUCUGGGUCUGGAAACUUGUGAUGCUGUGUGGCGUAUCAUGAGGAGGCGACAAUUGCUGGCUCAGCAUGACAAGUCUCUGAGCUUCUAGGUGUUGCCUAUUCUGCAUGACACACUACGUUUCUGCAUGACAGAAAAGUGGGGCUCUUUGGGAAUGUGCAUGACAGAUUUAGGAGUCAUGCCAGACAAGCAUGACAAACUUGCAUUCUUCCAGACCCAGACAUUUUUACAUUUGAUAAGGGCUGGAAGAUUCCGACUGCGCGUUGCGGGGCGCUCUGCGGCCCGCGGGGAUCCGUCGUCGCCGCGAAGAACCUGGUGUGUAACGGGGAGGAAACGUCUUUACAGUCUUGCACGCGGUUGGAACCCGAUGAGGAGUGCCGGACGCACAAACACGACAGUGUCGUGUGGUGCAGCAACAAGAAUUACCCGUGGGACAUCGAGGACGGGAAGUUGCGGUUGAUCGACGACGCGGGCCAACCGACGGCGGACGGGGUGGGCCGCCUGGAGAUGUGGCGGGCGGGGCAGUGGCGACCGGUGAAUCGGGAGCAGUACAGCGAUGGCACGGCGGCGACCGCGUGCCGGUCCAUGGGGUACGGCGGCAUCGACCUGAAUUACCCCGCGACCCCCUGCGACCAGUUCGAGGGCGGCGCGAAGUCCUACUGCGGAUCUCGGGGGCCGGGGAUCUCGCAGCUGCAGUGCUUGGGGAGCGAGCAGGACAUCUCCCAGUGCUCCUUCAAACUGGUGCGGACGGAGUUCAUGCCCGCGGACAAACAGCCCUCCCCCGCGAACAACCUGGUUCUGAAGUGCGUCGGGUACGGCGGCGACCCGUCCGGUAAGGCCGCGAAGGAGCAGGCGCCCAAACCCGACCCCGCGCCCUUUGUCCGCCUGGAUCUGGAGUGCUCGUCCACGCUACCCACCACGAAAUUAAGCCAAGGACCGCCGGGCACCACGGUCCUGGCACACUGCCCGCCCGGGUGUGGCGGCCCCGCGGGGAACAAGAGCAGUGGGGAUGGGACGAGCGGGGUGUUCGGAACCGGGAUCUACGCGGAGAAAACCCCGAUCUGCGCUGCGGCAGUGCACGACGGGCUGCUGGACAAGAAGCGGGGCGGGGACAUCGUCGUGUCCGUCGCGCACCCGCAGGCGCGGUACCGCGGCAGCGACCAAAACGGCGUGAUUUCGGAGGACAUGGCAAAUCCGGACAAAAAGAAGAGUCUCGUCGUCGCCCUGCCAACCGAGGACUUGUUCGCGCGGUACGCGAAGGUGAUAUCAAAAUUGGAAAUCUACUUCUCCCUGUUUUCCAUACUCAAACCGAGAUCUUCUGUGUAGCACGAAUUCUUGCGCCGUUACAUGAAUCAAGCUGUUAUGUCAGAAGCACCAGGCAACAGAGGCUAAGUCCAUUGAUUGCUCUCAGGGAUGGAAAUAAACACCCAAGGGUUGACUGUUCAGUAUGGCAGGAACCAAUUUUGCAUUGCACGACGAGGAGUCGGUCUCUUCUUUGCCGCGCCUAGGAAACCACUUCGAGUUUGUCGUGUAGUACGCAAAUCAUGCGCGAGACGUCGCCUUUUGGGUAUGGGAAGGGGGAAUGUUUCCUCGCGAUAGGUAACCAGCAAAACGUACGCCGGCGCGUCCGCGAUGGGUUCACCGCUGAUGCCGAAGCUCCUGGUGGGGUGAACAAACGACCUGCGAUAGUACUACUGUACUGCGAUGAGUUACUCUAUACACUAGUAGGCACGCUUGUUGUCAGAAGAUAGUAUUAGAUUUCGAAGGACCUCCUCUUAAAAUAGAACUUCGUUCAGCUUCAAAGAAGUGCUGACAAAGGCUGGAUCGUCAGUCAACCAUAGUGGACUGCCCUAUGGAAACAAACAGCACUUAUGAUACAAAGCUGCAGUUCGUCGUGAAAUUUUUUGCGCCAGGCAUCAUUUCGAAG